CAGACCGCCGACAGAGGGGGCCUGAGUCACCGCUGCAGGGAGGAGACCAGAAGGCGGCACACACUCCUGCGACUCAUCUGUGAAUAUCUUUAUCAUCUGAAGGUUGUGACCUCCCUUGAGGCCCUAUCUUCAUCAUGACGGCGAUGGGGCAGCUAAUAUUCGAUGAGUAUGGGAAGCCCAUCAUCAUCCUCAAGGACCAGGACCAACAAAAGAGGCUGACGGGAAUUGACGCACUGAAGUCUCAUAUCUUGGCUGCCAGGAGUGUGGCAUCUAUCCUUACCACAUCAUUGGGUCCUAAAGGCUUAGACAAGCUGAUGGUGAGCCCUGAUGGUGACAUUACGGUGACAAAUGACGGUGCUACAAUAUUGAAGAUGAUGGAUGUGGAGCACCAAAUAGCUAAAUUGAUGGUGCAACUUUCCCAGUCACAGGAUGAUGAAAUUGGUGAUGGAACUACUGGUGUUGUGGUUUUGGCUGGAGCAUUAUUAGAAAAGGCUGAAUACUUAUUGGAUAAAGGUAUCCACCCAAUUCGUGUUGCUGAUGGGUACGAGCUAGCUGCUAAGAAAGCCAUUGAAAAUUUGGAAAAUAUUGCUGACGAGUUCCCAGUUGACAUGAACAACCUUGAACCUUUAAUUUUAACUGCCAUGACAACACUUGGCUCCAAGAUUAUUAAUCGCUGCCAUAGGCAAAUGGCAGAAAUUGCUGUGAAUGCGGUAAUGGCUGUGGCUGAUAUGAGUACCCGGGAUGUUAAUUUUGAGCUCAUUAAGGUGGAAGGGAAAGUUGGUGGUAAACUGGAAGACACAAUGUUGGUGAGAGGUGUUGUCAUAGAUAAAGACUUUUCCCAUCCUCAGAUGCCAAAGGAAUUAAAGGAUGUCAAGAUGGCCAUUCUCACUUGCCCAUUUGAACCUCCCAAGCCUAAGACAAAGCAUAAGCUUGAAAUUAGCAGUGUGGAGGAGUACAAUGCUCUACACGUAUAUGAGCAAAAACAAUUUGUAGAUAUGGUGGACAAGGUGAAGGCAACUGGAGCUAACCUUGCUAUUUGCCAGUGGGGCUUUGAUGAUGAAGCCAACCACCUUCUCCUUCAAAAGGAAUUGCCUGCUGUGAGAUGGGUGGGUGGACCAGAGAUUGAACUUAUUGCCAUAGCCACUAAUGGUCGGAUUGUUCCUCGGUUUGAGGAGCUGUCUCCAGAGAAGUUAGGUACCUGUGGAACAGUACGUGAAUUGACCUUUGGAACCACCAAAGACAGGAUGUUGGUAAUUGAAAAAUGUCCCAACACUAAGGCUGUGACAAUUUUCAUUCGUGGAGGAAACAAGAUGAUUAUUGAGGAAGCUAAGCGCAGUAUUCAUGAUGCCCUCUGUGUAGUAAGAAACUUGGUACGCAACAACAAAAUUGUGUACGGAGGUGGUGCUUCAGAGGUCUCUUGUGCUUUGGCUGUAUCGGAAGAAGCCGAUAAGAUUUCAACCCUGGAGCAGUAUGCUUUCCGUGCCUUUGCUGAUGCUUUAGAGAGCAUUCCACUUUCCCUUGCUGAGAACUCUGGUCUGUCUCCCAUUCACACAUUGGCUGACUGCAAGGCCCGCCAAAUCUCAGAAAAGAAUCCAUCAUUAGGCAUCGACUGCAAUAGCAAGGGAACAUGUGAUAUGAAGGAGCAGCAUGUGAUUGAGACACUGCACAGCAAGAAACAGCAGAUUCUUCUUGCCACCCAGCUUGUGAAAAUGAUUCUCAAGAUAGACGAUAUUCGCACUCCUGGUGAAUCCUUUAAUGGUUAAAUUGGUUGAUCAAAUAAACAAAAUUAUGUAAUCUCUGAGAGCAGAAGGAUUGAUGUAAGCUAAUCUUGUAUGUCUAAUUGCUUUACCUCACAUCUUAAUUUCUUAUAUUUUUUGUGUGUGAAGUCAUGACGAAUGCUUAAAAGACUUCACAAGUUUAUUUGCAACAUGCUUUAACAUUACUUGUCACCCUAAUCCAGUGGUUUUAAUAAAAAAUGUUAAAA